UGCAGGCGCUACAGCAUGCAGCCAUGGCGUGUGGGCGCAAGUUAAUCAUCGAGUGGGUGGCAUCAUCUGACCUGGAGGAUGCUGCCAAGCAAGAGAGUCCAGACCUGUAUAAAGAAGCCUGGGCAGCCUUGAAGAGAGCGGAUGGGGUGCUGGUGCCGGGUGGGUUUGGAGACAGAGGCGUGGAGGGGAAGAUACUCGCAGCUAACUACGCCCGAACCAACCGCGUGCCGUACCUGGGGAUCUGCCUCGGCAUGCAGAUCGCCGUCAUUGAGUACGCCCGGAAUGUGCUGGGGCAUACAAAAGCGAGCAGCACGGAGUUCGACCCAGCAUCACCGCAUCCGUGCAUAGUAUUCAUGCCCGAGGUGUCCAAGACGCACAUGGGCGCCACCAUGCGCCUCGGCGCGCGAGACACCGUCCUCCACUCCCCAGACUGCCUCGCUGCCAAGCUGUAUGGCACGAGCAGCAGUGUGAGUGAGCGGCAUCGGCACCGCUACGAGGUGAACCCAGACAUGAUCCACGAGUUUGAAGCCGCUGGGCUCCAGUUUGUCGGCCGGGACGAAUCUGGGCGGCGCAUGGAGAUCUUGGAGAUCCCAUCGCAUCCGUACUUCCUGGCCGUACAAUACCAUCCCGAGUUCAAGUCAAGACCAGGGAGGCCGUCCCCUGUCUUCCAAGGCCUGAUCCUUGCAGCCUCAGGCCAGUUACAGAGGUACCUGGACUCACUCUGA